GUCGCUCUCACCGUGCACGCCCUCGCUCUCCUCCAUCCACAAUCUACUCGCGCUACUCUUUCACUUGGCAUCUCUCUCUCUCUCUCUCUCUCUCGCUCUCUCUUCGGCGCCUCCCCCAUCUCCGUCUACUCGGCCUCCUCCCCCGUCAACACGCUCCCACCAACCACCACCCCCAUCCCCGCUAAACCCACGCGCCGCCUGACACGCAUCUUGGCACACCUCUCUACUCCUUCUCCUUCUCCUUCUUCUUCUUAUAUCUUCAUCACUCGCACUCCUCCCUCUCCCUCCCCCUCCCCCUCCCGCCCAGGCCUCCUCCAUCUCGGCCCGGCAGGACACGCUCCUCCUCCUCCUCCUCCUCCUCUUCCUCUUGUCCCGGUUCAACGCGUCUCGUCUCUUAUCCGACGCGUCUUCCCACCCCCACUCCACACCCCGCACAUCCUAUCUCCCAUCCCGACGCCGAGCGCCCACCCCCGAAUGGACCAAGAGUACCCUUACCGCUCGCGCCCCACGACGUCCUACGUCAACCAAGAGCUCGCAAGUGCACUUCAAGACGUCGUCCAAGUCACACGCAACGGCUCCUCUCAACCCGUCAGCGCCAGCAACUCGCGUCUAGGCCUCGCUUCCGUCCCAGACGCUCCGCGCGCCCCUUCCCCGCGUAUGCCAGGCGCAUUCGAGCCCGCAAUGUCCGUCUCUCCACCAAAGGACCCCUUCCGUGACGACCUAGAGCCCACCGAGGCCGCCGGCAAGGUUGACCCCGACCGCGCCAAGUUCAAAGGCCCAUCCACGUCGUCCAACAACGUCAAGAAGCCUUCCUCUUCGCGUCGCGACAAGGACCGUACCACCUCCGACAAGGACGCGAACAAGAAGCCCAGCCGUCAUGCUGAUGUUAUCGACACAUGGGAUCCCUCCGGCCUGGGCAGCGCUCUUUGGCACCAUUCCGGACCUUACGAUGCCGCAGCUCCCUCCCGCAACCUGAACCAGCCGACCACCAAGGCGCCGAUGCGUGCAUUCGAGCGUGAGGAGGCAGAGAAGGCCGCCGCCGCCGCUGCUGCUGCCGCCGCUGCCAUCCCCAAGGAGUCACCGUCACGCACGGGCCCCACGGCGAUCUCUCACGCCCCGCCUCCGCCUGUCCCACCCAAGGACAUUGCCGGUGCUCCUCGCCGUCCGUCGGCUGCUGCCGCGCGCAGCAUGCCCCGCCGCACCAGCGGCGGUCUUAGUGGGCAGUACUCGACCUCGUACCCCACCGGUGGCGGCUACUUCCCAAACCAGGACAUUGUCCCCGACGAUGAGACGCCGACGUCCCCUAGGUACCAGCGGCGGCAGAAGGAAGAGAAGCAGCGCGCCCUCAAGGCCGCAUGGGGAAUCGAUGAGCCUGAGCCGUUUGAGGACUUUGGCUCCUCGCCACGCGACGAGUCGUACAUUGACCGUGACCACCUUGGCUCCCCGAAUGAAGAGACGGGCGCUCGCGGCGGCUUCUUCGGUCGCAGCGCCAAGAGCCCCGGCGUGGAGGAGGUAACUUCGCCUGGCCCGGAUGAUCAGACAUUCGGCGCAAAGGCAACCCGCCCCGGUGGUGGCGUCAAGCGGACCAAGAGCUUGAUGCAAAAGAUCAAAUCCAUGCGCGGUGACCGCUCCGACCGCUCACAAUCGCCCAGCAAGUAUUCGCCAUCAACCGAGUACCCACCAAUGCCUGCCCUGUCGCCUGGUCUGUCACCGUCGAACCAUGCUGUCAGGCCGAGCAUGGACGACCACCGUCGCCCCUCGCUGCCAGCCAGACCCGAGCGCGCGGCGGCGCGCCUCGCCCCGACGUCCACCUCUGCGCCUUCAACGGCACCGGGCUCGGGCCCGGGGUCCAAGUCGGCCUCGGCCAACAACUCAUCGCACGGCCAUUCGGCGUCGCUUCCACCUGAGAUGACUGAGGAAAUCGUGGAGACCGUCAACGGGAAUGGGCACGGACACAGCGCCAGCGCCCACCUCGAGCCAUACAGCUACUCAAGCGGCGGCAUGCGUCGUCCAAGCAAGAACCUCCCGCAGCCACCCAUCGGCCCCGUCAUGCCCGACUUUGACGACCUCGUUAGAGGCCGCCGCGGCAGCGCCAAUCUCUUGGAGGAGGGCGCGCCCGUCAAGCGCAAGACGAGUGUUGUCAAGAAGCUGACGGGGAGAGUGGGCAAGUAGUCUGGCAGCCAUUGGCUUGCGCGAUAUACAUGAUGAUGUACUUCCAGUAGAGUAUCCCAUUAAUAGUACGAGGUAUGGAUUGAUGUGCUAACGGG